AUGUCGGCACGGUCGCCCUCCCCACUGCCAGGCGCAAAAAUGCGGUCCAAGUCUGUUCCACAGCGAAGAGUAUACGGCAAACGAAGAGCCAAUGCCCCAAGAGCGGUGUUCGAAGCGAGUCCGGCCAGAGAGCGUCCAUCCAAUAAACUCCACCAUGUUGACCCCGUGCAAAAUAUUCAAACCAAACUGGCCGAAGUGAAAAUUGAGGACGAACCGACUGUGAAUGAAUUCCCGGAAUCGCCAAGUGAAGAUGGGCUUGAACGAGAAUCGCCAGAUCUCCAGUCGGAGUCAAGCCAGUCCUCGAUCGCGGAUAGUUCAGAAACCGAAGCUGCGAAAUUGGAGACCGAUCCCGCAUCAGUGACUCAGAAAAUGGAUCGAAUGGUGGAAGUCAGGAUAUACAACAAAGUCCCAAAACCGUCUCCCGACAUUAUCGCAAAUGGCGACGAGCCCAACCGAGCUUCCCCCGUCACGUCGAAGUCUACAAGUAUUCCGUUGGAGUCCACAGAGCCAUCAUCAGAGCCACCAUUAGAGCUGCCGGCAGCCCAGGAGACCGCUGAUUCAGAACAAGAAGCGCCAAAGCCCGUGGAAAAAAAGCGAGCAGUGAGAAAGAAGGUACCUGCGCCUCGACGAUCAUCGGGAGUGUUUCAUGACAGCAAAGCAAGCGAAUACGUCCUACCAAUUCUCAAGGAAGCGCUCUCCCCAAUUGCUGCGCAGAGCAUUCAAAAGUUCGACUCAUGGGCUUCACGGUCAGCAAAUAUGUUCGACGUCGCCAAACUCGCAGAGGGCUCGUACGGUGAAGUUUACAAGCUCCACCUGCGCGAAGAGGUCUGCAGACCAAUAGUGUCAAAGUCAAAGUUUGCGAAAUUGAAGUCCUACGGCGAUGGGGUCUUCAAGGUCGUCCCACUCCGGGCGAAGAGUGGCCCAGGAUCCAAAAAGUUCACCAGCAUUGACGAGAUCGUCGCCGAAGUCAAGAUGCUCAAAUAUUUAGACCCAAUUCCCGGGUUUGCUCGUUUUAGAGAGAUUCACGUUGUUCAAGGGCGUUUCCCUGAGUCUUUCCAAAACGCCUGGGAUCACUAUAAGAAGACGAAAGAUGAUUGCAUGAACCCGAACCCGUCCAACAAAAGAUCUUACCCCGACACGCAGCUAUGGGCAAUCAUCGAAAUGGACGAUGCGGGCUGUGAGCUGGAAAAAUUUGCCUGGUCCUCAAUCUUUCAAAUUUAUGAUAUUUUCUGGGGCGUUGCCAUGGCUUUGGCCCGAGCAGAGGAGUACGCGAUGUUCGAGCACCGGGACCUGCAUUUAGGAAACGUUUGUAUCCGCUCUACGCGCGAAGAUGGCUGUAUGGAUCCGCCCACAGAACAAGACAUCGCGCGGCAGUCGUCAUCUAGUGGAUUCGGUUUCAGUGCGCUCGAGACCACCAUUAUCGAUUACUCGCUUUCUCGUGCCGAUCUCCUCCUCAGCGACGAUCCAAAUGGUCUGACUGAGAUUGCAUCUUCCGAUUUGGACAAGAAGCAGUUAUUUGACGCUAUCGGCCAAGACGAAGAUGAGAUCAUGCAGAGAAACACUUAUAGAUACAUGCGCGCAACUCUCUAUUCUGGUAACCCGGCGGAAACGGAGAAGCUUCCCGACAUUCCCGGAAUCUGGGCUGAGUACGCUCCUCGCACAAAUUUGGUCUGGUUGCUCUUCUUGCUACAAAGUCUUUUCAAGAAUCGGAAGCCUGAGCCCCAGCCUCAGGCUCAACGCAAGGCUCUUGCUCCUUGCUCGCCCAACAUGAAGGCUCAGAAGCAACAAUCCGAGAACUCUGCCAAAGACUCCGCGAAAGAACACCGACCUAAGGCUCUUCAAGCUGGUGUGUCUCGUCUCAAGAAGACCCUUGAGGAGAGACUGACUGCUGUGCUUGGACUUUUGGACUUGGAAACCGGCCAUGAAGAUAUGUGCUGUGCAGCAGAUUUGGUGGCCUAUGCCAUGGACUCUCAGUGGUUGGGCGAGGAAGACUUCUUCUGA